UUCCCCACCUACUUAAGGGCAAGCAGACAAUCGAAUCGGCAAGGGAUUGCGGCAUCUGGUCGGCAGCUGAUUGGCUGGAUAUUUGAGUACUGUCAAACUCCCGAAUCUUUGCCGUACUUCCGUCGCGGCCGGACUGGAGUAAGAUGGAUAUUCAGCCAGACUGCCUUGGACUUUAUUGUGGAAGAACAGUGGAAAUUAUAAAUGGAACUGAAAUUCAUGGUGAUUGUGGUGUAUGUCCCAGAGGACAAAGAAGUGAUGCCUAUAAAAUUUGCCGCGAAUGUAUGGGAUCCCCAGAACGCUAUGAUUGGCUUUAUCUUGGCUUUAUGGCAAUGCUACCUCUCAUUCUGCAUUGGUUCUUCAUUGAAUGGUAUUCAGGGAAAAAGAGUUCCAGUGCACUUUUCCAGCACAUCACUGCUUUAAUUGAAUGCAGCAUGGCAGCAAUUGUUACUCUGCUUGUAAGUGACCCCAUGGGCUCCCUGCACAUCCGUUCAUGUAAAGUGAUGAUGCUUUCUGACUGGUAUACCAUGCUUUACAAUCCAAGUCCUGAUUACGUUACCACCAUUCACUGUACCCACGAAGCUGUCUAUCCUCUCUACACCAUUGUAUUCAUAUACUACGCAUUCUGUUUAGUGUUGAUGAUGAUGCUUCGUCCACUGCUGGUAAAGAAGAUUGCUUGUGGGCUGGGAAAGUCAGAUAGAUUUAAGAGCAUUUAUGCAGCUCUUUACUUCUUCCCAAUUCUGACUGUGCUUCAGGCUGUUGGAGGUGGCUUGCUCUACUAUGCUUUCCCAUAUAUCAUCAUUGUACUAUCUCUUGUUACCUUAGUUGUCUAUCUAUCUGCUUCUGAAGUAGAGACUUUCAAAGAUCUACUUGUCAGGAAGAAAAGGCUUAUCGUUCUGUUUAGCCAUUGGCUGUUGCAUGCCUACGGAAUUAUCUCCAUUUCCAAGCUGAGCAACAUUUACCAGGACUUGCCUUUGCUGGCCUUGGUGCCUGCACCAGCUCUUUUUUAUUUGCUAACUGCAAAAUACACUGAGCCAUCCAGGAUAUUAUCUGAGGGAGCAAAUGGACGUUAAUUAUCAUUAAUAACAGUCUGGGUAAGUAGCAUAUCCAAGAUCCAGCCGUCCUGGAUCCAGCUGUCCUUACCUUAGUUGGUUAGUUUGUUGUGGAUCAACUUUCAAGUAAAGCUUUUCUUUUUUUGAGGCUCAAAAGUGGUCAACUCUGUACCAACUAGAAGGCAAAUUUUCUAAACAAUGUGUGUAAUGCCUUAAGAAUCUUAUCAGCUGUGGAAGCCAAGGACCCCAUUGAUUUUAGCAGUUAAGUCUCUAGGCUUGUCCUGUAUAUAUGUUUUACAUUUGUCUGUUAUGUAUGAAUAAUUUGUACAGCAUACUUGAAAACAGUAUUAUUUAUUGAUUUCACAGCACAGUAUUUUCUCACAUCUUUGAAUGUAUAUUCAUAGAAGAAUAAAAGAUUCAGUUUUCUAGCUUCAGUUUAUAAGGUGUUGUAGUCUGUUUUGAUCUAGAGAAAAAAAAUUGACAGAAUACUUUUAUCUGAACAAGCAUUUAUAUGAGAUAGAAAUUAUGUAGCAGCAGCAUUUGCUCUGCAUUAAAAAAAAUUGUGAAACAUUUCAAAUUUGGAAGUGCCAAUGAAACAUCCAUCCCUCUUUUAUGACAAACACUUUGGCAGAAUUUCCAUUUAAAAAGGAACAUUAGAAUUCAGUUAUGGAUUGCAAACAAAUGCUUGCCUUUUAGGUGAUCUUUUUAAAAGUUUUUUUUUCUCCAGGCCAGGGGCUAGAUAGCUUAUGUGGUUCCCACUAUCAACCCUGACUGCUCUUUAGAAGGCCAGAUCCUGAAGUUGAAACUCAAAUACUUUGGCCACCUAAUGGGAAGGAAGGACUCACUGGAGAAGGGCCUAAUGCUGGGAAAAAUUGAGGGCAAUAGAA